UCUGUACAAGACCAAAAGUUCAUCACUGCCACCGAAGUACAAAUUUAGAAGUUUAUUGUGAUCUCAUAUUGGUGUGACAGUGUUUAGUGUAGUAUAUUAUAUAUUUGGGCCUAAUUAAUCACAAAUAUGAAGUUGAUUACUCAGGUUGUUAUUACAUUCUUCUUGGUUACAUUAGGUUCAAGCCAAAAGAAAAGCGACGAAGAUAGCCCUUACGAAUUUGGAUUUACCAUUGAUGGAGAACAGCAUAGGCACGAGAAGAAAGAUGAAAAAGGAAUUAUUCAGGGCGAAUUCGGAUUUAUAACCGCAGAUGGAAUCUAUCACGUGACAGUGUAUGCCACAGACGAGAAUGGAAAUUUCAAAAUUUUAAGCAUGAGGAAUCUACGAAUUAGUGCACCGCUGGACGGUUCGCCUCUUAGGGGAGAACUAUCCCCAGAAGCCGAUAAAUAUCGGAAACAAGCAGGUUUAGCACCACUGCCUAAACAACAAUCUUCAGCUCCACCACCAAGUGUUGCUCCAGUGCAACAAUCUGCCAACCCCCUUGCAGUUGAUGUUACUCCAAGUAACGCUCCACCAUUUAGAUUUACCACGCAACCUACAAUUAAACCAGCCUGUGCCUCAUGUGGUUACGUUACAACUCCAAACCCGGCAUUAGGUCAAAAUAACAACUUCCAGUUCCAAAAUCCCGUAUUUAAAGCACAAGACCAACAGAAUCAACAAAAUAAGCAGCUUCAGCCACCACAGGGACAAUUUAACCAAAACCAACAACAACAAACGAACAACAAUGCAGUUUAUAAACAGGACAAUCAAAACCAAGGAUUUGUAUCUCAAGAUGUACAAUCAUCCCAAAGUUCUGCAGGAGGUCAACCACAAAGCAAUAUUUCUCCCUACGAAGCCAUCAACGGACCUCAGUACACUAGUUAUCAAAAUCCAGGUGAGUCACAACAACCAGGGUCGGCGGUUCAAGGUGAAACCGAUGUUGGAGGUGCAGUAGAUAACGGUUUUAGUGGUAAUUCUAAUAAUAAUGGUUUUGGAUCUGGUACAUCCGAAUUUGGAGGUAACAGUGCUUAUAACAAUGACAAUACUUAUGGGUCUCAACAAUCUGGACAAGCUAAUGAAGUUGGAGGUAAUAUCGCACCCGAAUCGAAUGCCGAAUCUGGAUCAGCACAAUUUGGUGGUGGAAGUGGUUAUAAUCAGCCAGAAGCUUAUAAUGUUUUAGGAAAUACAGCUUCAGGUCCUGGUUCAGAAGGUGGUGAGGCAAAUCCUCUUCAAUAUCCUGGACCAGCUGAUGGAGCUCCUGCUUUACCUCCCGUGUCAGUGGCAGAUGGAGCAAUUCAUGUGGGAGGAGACAAUCCUCAGCAUAUUCCUAUUAAAGACAAAUUUCCAGGCAUGCAAGAUGGACUUCCUGAAGGAAUAGAAGAGAAAGAUAUAACAGACUUAUUGUACAAAUUCCACUAUACUGUAGGUUUCCAUGGACACUACGAAAAGGGUUACAAAAAUGGAGCCAAAGUUGGAGGGUAUUUCGUGAACGGACGUGAUGGUAUUAGCAGAGUAGUGACAUAUGUCGCAGACGAAAAUGGAUAUAGGCCAAAAGUCAAAUUAAUCAAUUUAGGAUUGGAAUCAGAAGACACGCCAAAGCCAGAUUCGGAGAAGAAAUUUGGACUCAAGAGUUUCGAGUUCGUUUGGUACCCGAUUCAUACAGAAAAAUAAUAUUUUUAUCAUGUCUGUCACAUUUUGUGUAUAUAUAUUUUUGAUAUUAUAACAUACAUUACUUCUCAUAUUUGUCCCAUUAUGUAUGUUGGUAGGUACAAAUGUACGAAAUAGCUUUAAGAUGAUAUUUGUAUGUAUAAUACUAGUUCAGUAUUCCUAUAA